UUCAAACUACCUUUUUCUUCUGUUUUCAUCGUUUUUCAUGAUUUAUCUCGAAUUUCCCUUUUCAUUCUACAAGUUUUAAAAGAAAAUUAUGUUAUUAAAAGUUUUCCGAGACAAUCAAAUGAAAAUUUAACACUCGAACUUAACGGUGAUUGAACAUAAAUGUCCUUGCGCAUAAUUCAGUGUUUCGUUAUUUCUGAAUUACAAAGUUUUCGAAGAGUGUUUUUUGUCGUCAACAGUUGAAGAUUAAAAACGGAAAAAAAAUGGCUCAAGAAAUACUAAAUAAUGUACUUAAUUCUAAAAUAUUACCAGAAGAAAUUAUCAAAUGGUUGUUAACGGAUAAUCAACAGCAAAAUUUUGAUUGGAGUAACGGAAACCAAAAUUUACCGAGAGCUGAAUUUGUGGCUUGUUUUCUGAAUUUUUUAAGGGACCAAUUUGCAGUUGCUCAACCAGCUGCAACUAACAUAAAGCAGACACCGUCUAAGGAUAAAACAUCAAAACCAUCAGCGACUAAUAUAAUUAAUAAAGAAACACAAAUAAUUGACAAUUCUGGAAGUGUCUUGAAUGAUGUUAACAAAUUAAAUGAUACACUCGAUAAUUCACGAUCAUCAGAAAAACGCAGCACUCUUAAUAUUUCUACUAAUAAUGAAAAUCCUAACCAAUUAACAAAAGGUAUUUUAAUAAUAAAAAGUCCAAAAAAUCGAAAACAAAUUUUUGAAAGUAAUAAAUCUUCCGAUAGUCUCUUAGGAUCAGAAGGUAAAAUAAAAAAUUCACAAACAAAUAAACAAUUUAAGAAACGAAUUUCACUUCUGAGUGUUAAUGAAAAAUCCGCUGAUAUUGAAAAUAAUUUAAUUGUUAAAAAAAAUGUCGAUUCACCACAACAACAACAACAACAAAAAGCGGCAAAUUCAUCUCAAUUAUUGGAUUUAAAUCAAUCAUUUUCAAAUAGUCGUAAUAGUGAACCUGUUCUAUCAAAUUUCAAUAGAUUAUUUUCGUCUGGCAAUGAUUUAUUUGUUAAUUUAUCAAAAGAACAAUGUAGCAGUUUAAAUGCAUCACUCUUGUCACAAAAUUGUAGUCAAUACGAUUAUUCAAGUAAUUCAUCACAAACAUCGGAGAAUUCAAUUCGAAAUGAAUUACUCCUUAAUUCACCACUAAUGCAUUAUAAUAAUGAAUUAAAAAAUCCAGUUUCUCCAUUAUAUAGUCAAAGUAUGAUGACAACACCAAAGAACACAUAUAAAUCACAAAAUCGUUCAAUGGAUAAACAAACGAGAACAAAUAAUAAUAAUUUUAAGCAUAGUACACCGGAACAAUUAACGAAUUCAUCGCAAAAAAAUGUCAAAUCAACGUCAAGACAAAAUAUCAGUCUUGCCGAUUUUAUAACAAUUGAUACGCGUUUAUCGAAAAAAAGUAGUGGGAAAAAAAAUAAUCAAAAAACACAAUUGUCAAGGCAUGCCAAAGAAGAUGAUUCAUCAUCAUCGCCGAUGAUGUCAAGUUCUGUUUUGUCAGAGGAAAAUUUUCCCGAAGUUGGACAGAGUUUCGAAAGACGACGGAGAAUAAAACCGACGAAAUUGGAUAUUUCCAGUGAUAAAGGUGACAAGGAAAAUGCAGUGUUUGGAACAGUGAAUCGACCAGCGACGACGAAUCCACAAUUCUCUGAAGUUCAAUCAACCGAUCAAUUGUCUGACAAAGCAUCAUUUGAAAUGGAAAGAGUAUUAUUGCGCAUCGAGAGACAAAAAAAGCCAGAGAUAACGAUUGAGAAUAAAAUUGGAGAUCAAGAUUCUCAAUUGAAAACAAGACCACCAAGAGCACAAUUAUCAUCAUCAUCAUCAUCAUCAAAAUCAAUCAUUACCCCCUCAUUAUUAUUAAUUGAUCAAACGGAAAUUUUAAAAGUACUAGUACAAUUAUAUUGCGCCUUUAUCGAUAACAAUUUAAUUUUAAAUCCCAUGACUGAAAUGUAUUUUAUAAUUUCUCUUAUAACCACACAAUAUCAUCGUCAAAAAGCGCAGAACAAAUCGACGAAUAAUGAAUCUGGAAAUAUGACCGAAAGUUUAAAUAUUGAAGCACAAGAUUUGGAAUCUGAUUUGGGUUGUGCUUUGCUCAGUGAAGAAUUAUCGAAAAUUGACGAAGAUGAAAUUUUAUUAAUGGAAAAAAAUGAAGAAUUAGUUAGUAAAUUGCAAAUCGAAGACAAGACUGAAUUGAUGAAUUCUGAUAUUCUUUGUAAGAAGGAAAAUGUUGAAAUUUUAAAUAUUGACGAUCUACAUUUAGGAACUCCUCAUAAUUGUGUAUUUUUUUCUACAAAUGUUUUAAAUAGCGAGAGACAUUGGUUAAAAUUUCUCGAUCGAACGACAUUAAAAUUACUAUCGGAAAAUUCACAUAUCGCUGAAUUUCAGCCGGAAUUGCAAAUUUAUUUGCAGGAAUUGUAUGAUGCAAAACUUAGUAAAAUGAAUCACACUAAACAACAUACAUUUAGCUUUGUCGAUCCGAAUGUUUCGUUUCAAAUUGAUACUGACAACAGGGAGAAUUUCCCGACGGCCAUUGCUUUCCAAUCGUUUCGUAAACAACGUGACAUGUUUUACGAGAUAUUGAAAAUUUGGGAGGAGAAUCAUUCGAAUAGUAAUUGGAAAUUUUCUGUGGCGUUGAAUCAGAAAAUAAAAAUGAUGCUGACACUUCACAGUGAUGUUACUAAUCACUGUCAUAUUGCUAGACUUUUUAAAUCUCAAUUACUUAUUUCCUGUAUACACAGCGGACAACAGGAAGAUGCUAUUGAUGAGGAGAGCUUGAGUAUUCUUAAAUCUCUAAAGGACAUCAAUCCGGAAAAAUUGACGCAAUUGAAGGAGAGAUUAGUGACUCCUUUAUCAUCAAAAGGUCCCGUUCCCGAGCCAACUUUCCAGGGGGUUCAGGAAUUUUAUAAAAAUUUUAUACUUUAUUCAUUCAAUCCAAUGUUUUAUGCACACUUGGAAGAUUGUCUCAUUCACGAAAUCUUGGAAUUAAACGAUAUGCAAUUCACUGCAAUCGAAAUUGGAGAUUCAGAAACAACGGUUGAUGAACGAACGAAGCAGAAUUUUAUAAUUUGUCUAUUAAGUUUACGUCUUCUCGGCAAAUUUUUGGGCUUUUUGGUAUCGUUACCAUAUCGAUCAUCGACAAGUUCACUCGACGAGGUCGUCAAGUCUCAAGUUUCAUUACGCUGUCGAAUUGUGCCCGUAUUGGAUUUACAAGCCUGCCUCCAGGAGUCGAUUGUCCAGGGAAAAUUGACAUUAACAAUACCCUGGAUUGUUGAAUAUUUAUCGCAAUUAGAUACAGCUUCACUUCGUUUACCAUACUAUAAGCAAUUAUUGGAAAUUCUUUAUUGCAUUUAUAGAAUUUCAAAAUUAGACGUACCCUUUAUUUUCGAGCAAUUUAUUUCUCAACAAACGUUAAUUCUCAUUAAAUUCUCUCUUGGUUGGCUCUUUGAAUUGCCUAAUUUUCCAACUGAUUUCUAUUUCACUUGGCAAUCGAAUCACAAUGAAAAGAAAUUAUUGACACUUUGCAAGAAUGAAAAGGAACAAAUGAAAAUUUCCAUUGUUAAUAAUAAAAAUGAUAUGACAUUGGACAGAUUGGAUAUUAUUGAUGAAAGAGUUUUAUAUUCGUGUUGUCCAUUUUUAAUGGAGUUUAAAAUUCUCCUCACCGGCAAUUCACAAUCGACUGGCAAUAAAACUAACAGGCAUAUCACUCCAGUUUCUAGUCAACUUCCGAAUGCCGCCGACAGUACGAAUGCGAAAAAUUUAGAGCUCCAAUUGGAAGAAGCAUUUUUCAACGGUCAACCGGCUUCUACUAGGAAAACGAUUGAAUUUGUUUCCGAAAGAGUUGCAUCGACUUGUGUGAAAUACAUUUUCAACAAUUUAUUAACGACGGCUCAAGAAAAUUGUUUAAAUGAAUUGCGACAAAAUGUGGUUGAAAAACAUCGUAAAAUGUUGGAAAACACUCCUAAUGACUUGAAGACGUUGAUGUUGAAGGAGAUGAAUAAUUUGGCGGCAAAUAUAACAAAGGAAGUGAAGGAAAAAAUUGAAAAGGAAAUUCCUGCAAUGUGUAAGACUCGUAUUUCACAGACGAUUGAUUCUUUAUUAGCAGUCGACACCUUAUUGACUGUGAAGGAAACGUGUAUUCAAAUUACAAUUAGAAUGGCACAGGAUCGCAUUGCUCAAUGGAUUCAAUCGCACAUUGGGGAUUUGCUUUUUAUGCGAGAUAUGGAAUUUAAAAUUAGUCAAGUGGCGAAAAACGAAAUCGACAACGCCAUUAUUGUUGAGAAUGAAGAUAAACAUAAUCUUUCUGCUGCUUGUCCAACUGACGUACUUGAUGAUCUUCGGGCUUGCUCGUGGGAAUUUCUGGACAAUAAUGGAAAAUCUGUAACAAUUGAGUUCGUAUCGAAAGUUUUAGAUCAGUUAUAUUCGAGUUCUACUGAACGAGCAGAUUUAAUUCCCGGACCCGAAAAUUAUUUGCGGACAAUGAGUGUUGAUCUGUUUCUCUUUAUCGUUACGUAUCGAAGGGAAAUUCUCACAACUGAAAUAGAAAUGAAAUUUGUCAAAUACUGGAAACUUGUACUGACAAAAACAUCCGAGGCGAAUUUUUCUCUAUCGAGAAUAUUGAGUCCAAGAAAUGUGAUAAUUUUAGAAAAGUCCAUAAAUAAUGCUGUUUGGACCAAGUGUGGAAAAUUUAUAAAAUUACUACUAAAAGAAAAGAUUUUGAGUUUGGAAUGUCUCAGCGAUCAGUGCGUUGCCCUUUUGAGACAAGAGUGGCCAACAGAAACGCUGCAAAAUUUAUCGAAGUGCCUGAUAAUAGGAAUAGAGGACUACAAGGCGUCUGACGAAUCGGCAGAGAGAAUCAGGUAUUUAAUUCGUUGGAUUGCUGAAACUUAUAAAGAUAUCGAGAACUUAGAUAAUUAAUUUGUAUAGAUUAAAAAUUUAAUUUUAAGGAGUGAAUUUUUUAAUCGUCAAUCAAAUAAUAUAAUUUGUUUAUCGCAAAUUGUUAAGAAUUAUUGAAGUAGGGAUGAAUUUGUGUGUAAAGAUUUAUCAGGAUAUUUUAUCCUUGUUAAUUAUUUUACAUAAUUUUGAAAAAAUGUUAUGUACAAUGUUUUUCCAUUUUUUUUUUAAUUAUAAAUCUAAUAAAUAAUUUAUUUUUUA